GAGAUGCACCGCAGCCUGCCUCAUGUAGGAUUUGUGCCGUUAACUGCCAAUCUUUUCACAUCAACAUCGGUGAUUAUUAGAGUUGGGUAAUUUGUCUGGACUUGGUCUACCAAAUUAUCGUUUUAAACCACGUCGGCAGCGCUCUCCUUGGAACGUCAGACCUGACUUGGUUUCUUCACCGGACUCUAUUCUGCUUGAUAUUCCGUUCACUGUCAAAAACACAGCAACUGUAGGAGGAGCGGGAGUCGGCUGUUUUACCUUCAAACUUUGAGAAGGGAUAACGGUUGCACCAAAUGUAACAUGUCCAAGACAUUCUGAGAAAAAAAGUAAACUGGUCGUCGAUAAAGCUACUUGGGAGUAUUGACGGCAGAAACCGGGUGCCAUUGAAAAACCUUUGCCACUCCUGUUGUCUCAGUCAUCGCAAGGUUCAAACAUCAUUAACUGUGUAUUAAUUGGACAUGACUGAUGUCUGGUUCAAAAUAACUCGAAAACUCCAAGGAUUGCUGAGUCGACAAGCAAUAUAAAGAUUCUUCUAUAACUCAGGAUAUAGACCUACGCACUGACUGGAGUUGAUUUAUCUGUGGAAGACCUGCUGCAAAUGGCUGCCCUGCCUGUGUCGCCAGGAUGGACAACAGGAUUGUCAAUAGGAUGCGGCCUGAAAAAUAUCGGCAAGUGAAGAUGUCGCCUCCGCCAGUGUGAAAUCAAUGGGGAAUACUUGCCAUGCGAAGAGCCUUUGAAAGUUUUGACAGCCGCGUGUUUGGGAGGCCUGAUACUUUGCCUUUGAUUGCACCCCUUCCUGUGAGUGGAUCUAAAGUGGAUUGUUGCUGCUAGCGCUGUGGUGUGAUUAGCCCCUUUAGUGUGUGUGUGUCUACUGGUGUGGCAGAGGGAGCAUGCCCCUGCAGAGACCUGGCUGUCUGAAGCUGUACCCUGCCUGGAGGGCCAUGCAGCUCCGGCUGGGCGUAGGCCUGGGUCUGGGCCUGGACCUAACCUUCCUGCUGUGGAUACUGAGCCUAGCACAGCAGGCCCUGGUCACGGCCUCUCAGAAACUGGACGAGACGGACCCCGUGGUCACCACCGUCUACGGCAAACUGAGGGGCGUCAAGAAGGAGCUCAACAAUGAGAUCCUGGGACCCGUCAUCCAGUUCCUGGGGGUGCCUUAUGCCGCACCCCCCACAGGCGAGAGGCGCUUCCAGCCCCCAGAGCCACCCAUCUUUUGGCCGGAGGUCCGUAACGCUACGCAGUUCGCCCCGGUCUGCCCUCAGACCAUCGUGGAGGGGCGUCUGCCAGACGUCAUGCUGCCUGUGUGGUUCACUAACAACCUGGAGAUAGUGUCUUCUUACGUACAGGACCAGAGCGAGGACUGCCUUUUCUUAAACAUAUAUGUUCCCACUGAGGAUGGUCCCCUUACAAAGAAACACAAUGAUGAUUUAGGUGAUAAUGACGGGGUGGAGGAUGAAGACAUCCGUGAAAGCGGCAGCCCUAAGCCUGUGAUGGUAUUCAUCCAUGGGGGAUCCUACAUGGAGGGCACUGGGAAUAUGUUUGACGGCAGCAUCUUGGCAAGUUACGGCAAUGUUAUCGUCAUCACAGUGAACUAUCGGCUUGGAGUAUUAGGUUUCUUAAGCACAGGGGACCAAGCUUCCAAAGGAAACUAUGGACUUCUUGAUCUGAUUCAAGCCCUGCGCUGGACUAGCGAGAAUAUUGCUUUCUUUGGUGGUGACCCUUUACGAAUAACAGUUUUCGGAUCAGGGGCUGGCGCCUCCUGUGUCAACCUCCUGACCCUGUCCCAUUAUUCUGAAGGUAACCGUUGGAGCAAUUCAACCAAAGGACUUUUCCAGAGAGCUAUAGCACAGAGUGGCACUGCGUUGUCCAGCUGGGCAGUCAGCUUCCAGCCUGCUAAGUACGCUCGCAUGUUGGCCAAGAAGGUGGGCUGCAAUCUGAAGGAAACGGUGGACCUGGUGGAGUGUCUGCAAAAGAAGCACUACAAGGAGCUGGUGGACCAGGACAUCCAGCCAGCCAGGUACCAUAUCGCCUUCGGGCCUGUCAUAGAUGGAGAUGUGAUCCCAGACGACCCCCAGAUCCUCAUGGAGCAGGGCGAGUUCCUCAACUAUGACAUCAUGCUGGGCGUCAACCAGGGCGAGGGCCUGAAGUUUGUGGAGCUCAUCGUAGAUAAUGAGAACGGCGUCCAGGCCAAUGAUUUUGACUAUGCCGUGUCCAGCUUCGUGGACGACCUGUACGGUUACCCGGAGGGCAAAGACAUUCUGCGUGAGACCAUAAAGUUCAUGUACACGGACUGGGCUGAUAAACACAACCCAGAGACCAGGAGGAAGACCCUACUAGCUCUGUUCACUGACCACCAAUGGGUGGCUCCGGCCGUGGCCACAGCAGAUCUCCACUCCAGCUUUGGGUCACCAACAUACUUCUACGCCUUCUACCACCACUGCCAGACAGAGCAGGUGCCCCCGUGGGCAGACGCAGCCCACGGUGACGAGAUCCCCUAUGUGUUUGGCCUGCCCAUGAUCGGUCCCACAGAACUGUUCCCCUGUAACUUCUCGAAGAACGACGUCAUGCUUAGUGCUGUGGUGAUGACUUACUGGACUAAUUUUGCCAAAACUGGUGACCCUAACCAGCCAGUCCCCCAGGAUACCAAGUUCAUCCACACUAAGCCUAACCGUUUCGAGGAGGUGGCGUGGACUCGCUACAACCAGAAAGACCAGCUGUACCUCCACAUCGGCCUGAAACCCCGCGUCAAGGAGCACUACCGGGCCAACAAGGUCAACCUGUGGCUGGAGCUGGUGCCCCACCUCCACAGCCUAAACGAGGUCACCCAGAUCAUCUCCACCACCACCAAGGUCCCCCCACCGGAGGUCACGCCCAGGUCACCAAAGAAGAUCCCUGUCAACACCAAGAGGCCUAACCCUACGCCUUUCCCCACCGAGACUCAGGACAGUCAGAAUCAGCCCUUCCUGGUGGAUCAGAGGGACUACUCCACUGAGCUGAGUGUCACCAUCGCUGUGGGUGCCUCGCUGCUCUUCCUCAACAUCCUGGCCUUCGCUGCCCUCUACUACAAGAAGGAUAAGCGGCGGCACGACGUGCACCGGCGCUGCAGCCCCCAGCGCAACACGACCAACGACCUGGCGCACACACAGGAGGAGGAGAUCAUGUCCCUGCAGAUGAAGCACACAGACCUGGACCACGAGUGCGACGCCAUGCAUCCACACGAGGUAGUUCUGAGAACUGCCUGCCCGCCAGACUACACGCUAGCCAUGCGCCGCUCACCUGACGACAUCCCCCUCAUGACCCCCAACACCAUCACCAUGAUCCCCAACACCAUGCAGGGCCUCCAGUCGUUGCACAACUUCAACACCUUCCCCAGUAGUGCACAAAACAACACCCUGCCUCAUACCCUGCCCCACCCACACUCACACUCCACCACCAGGGUAUAGCCGGACGGAUGGACGCUGAAACACACAGCACAUGCCAGAGCUCACACCCAGCCCGAUCAAACGGAUGUGGAAUAACUUCUACUCCUGUGAAUAUAUUAAGGGAAUAGGGAUUUUGCUGGGACGGGAGAAGAAUUUCAUUUGAUAGAAAAGAAGAAAUUAGAAAAAAGUCAAACAAAUAUUUCAAAUGAAAAAAUAAACAAAGAGAAGGAUACUUUUUAUUUCUGUUAUUGAAACAGAACAAGGUGAACUUUUCCAGCUACAGAUAUCAACUUUGGAAUUUUAUAAACGAUUGCUUGAUCCUGUUAUCUUGGAAAAGAGAAAAAACCUCAGUGGAGUUUCAGAGGAGUAGCAGGUCGCUUUGUAAAUGAAAGAAAACAUAUUGUUUUCCUGAGGCAUCAAACUGUAGAGUACUCUUUCUGGAGUCAAGGGGAGAUGCAACCAAUUUAGGCAUGUGUUACUCUACAAGUAGAGGCAAUGUAAGAUAUUACAAAAACAAUCUAGAGAGAGAGGGAAAAACUCUUAAAGGUUAUGCACAAUGUAAACAUUUUCAAAAUGUCUUGGAUUCUUCUCAGAAAUUUAUUUUUGGGGAACAGUUUUAUUGUAUAGAGCCUUUUUACAUAUCUAGAUAUGUACACAAAGCACCAAUGCUGUUUAAGUCAUUCUUGGGCGUCAAUUCCGCAAAUCUGCCAGCAGAACAAAAACGGAGGGAUCCACUGGCUUUCUGGCAGAUACAGCUUCAUCACACAAGUGCUGUCUAUACCGAGAGCUGGAGGACAAAGAAUACUGGAUAUUUUUAGCACGAAGCGCAUGACAAUUUAUCUGCUUGAUGGCUGUUCUGCUGAUUAAGUCAUAAUUAAGAAAUAAUGUCAGCCCCAUUGGAAUAGUUUGAAGGAACACUUCUGAUUGGCUUACAAACCCACAAACCCACAUGGGUUAAGGUCAUGGUCAUAAUUGGGGACAGCAGGGGAGGGUGGGCUUACGGUAACUACAGUACAUACACAAUAGCUUGAGUGAACAUGGGUAUAAGGACUAGUUUUGUACAAUGUGUGUUGGUACAACUUUUUGAUAGUGGUGAAUCACUCGCUGUUUGGGAUCCCGAUGGAGGGACGUUUCAUUGUACUCUUUUGAUCAAUGUUAUUUGCUAUUACUUAUUAGGUUACUUAUCACUGCUCUUGACUAGUUCAAGGAAACUUUAACGUAGAAAAGUAAUUACCUGCACUGUUAAUUAUUUUUGUUUUCCGUAUGAAUGAUCCCUAAACACAAAGUGUGCCCAGGGCCAUGAAGAAGGGAAGGUGAAGGCUAGGGAAUAGUAGAACCUCUUGACUGCAUACAUUUUCUUUCCCCCUAUUAUCCUUUCAUAGAGUAUGUUCCGUAGCACUGUUUAAAGAUUUAUGCGUAUAAAUGUGUAAUUGAAGCGAGGAUGCCCUCCGCUGACAUGUUGGAUGUGCCUGCAACCCAACCGCAGGAGGAAGAGAGGCGGGGUGGAGAGAGAGCGAGAGAACAGGAGCUCCAGGAACUCCCAUGGUACACCUCCUCCAGGGAGGAAACAGCAUUCAGGCAGAUUCACUGCAGUAGAACUGCUUAGAACCGUCUAGCCAGCACCCUUGUCUCUCACAGAGUAAUUUCCAUUUGCUUCUGUUCUGUUCUUUUUUAUUUUCUACUGAUGAUGCUGUACUGUAUUGUCUCAGAUUUAGUUCUUGUUGUUCUGUAGCAUGGUUUAUUCGUGAACACACGCCUUGGUGUCACAUUGUACAAGACUGUCAGCGUGUUACCAUGACUGUCCCGCUAACCUCUAGGCAGCCCAUAGUGAAUGUUCCUCCCCUCACAAUGCCAGAGUGCAACUUCCCUCUGCCAGCUGUCGCAGAACAGGGGAGUAACAAUGUGUUAUACAAAUACAUACCAGAGUGAAUAGCUUAAAGGAGGAAGCCGCUGAGGGGAAAAUAGUUCUCUAAACAGUCAAAAGCCCCACUGUACUCAAGCAGAGAGUGAAGACGGCACAUACAGUAGUAAGAGGCGACACAUAAGUAAGACAAAGUAGUAAGAAAAACACUUGUCCUCCCAUUUUCCUGUCAAUAAAGGCUGGAUAUAAUGCGUCUGCUGAGGGGAGACAGUUGCUCUACAGUCCAUCAAAGUAAGAACAUACAAUGGGACGUAGACAAGGUAUAGCUUUUCUGGGGGAGGUGAAGGUAAAUUAUAGUCCACAUUGCCCAAAACUAAAACGCAAGCAAUUUCAUCAGCCUGUAUUGCAGUGGUGUGACCUCUAAACAAUGCUCCUUACUGGAGAAAUGACACAGGGGGAGAGAAACGCCCAGCGAAUUAAACAUGUAAUUGCACUACGGACAAAUGAUCAAGUAAUUGGAGAACAACAUUGGAGAGUUGGCAGGAGAGGCGAAUGCCACAGAAGCACUCACUCUACCACGCAGGAUGAAUGAUUGGGGAUUAAGAGGUGUGGGGAGAAAACUGUGCUCUGUUUCUGAAUAACACAAAACCUCUGACACAGAGCCAGUCCUCAACAGGAUGUUCCCAUGGACCCCCCCCCCCCCCCCCCCCCCUUCACCACUACGUACCCUACCGGGGAGGAUUGGAAACAGAGUUAGAAAUGGGACAACCGGUACUACCCUCCUCUCCCUACCUCCUUCCCUCCCAAAAAGGCUGAUUCUGCACAUCCCCUAUAUUCAAUUACUGCAGGUAUGGAUAUGGAUAGUUGCUGCUCACUAUACUCUUUCUCCACCAUGCUCCCUCAGAGUGGUGUUAAAGGCCCAGUGCAGUCAAAAACGGGGUUUCCUAUGUAGGUUAUAUUAAUAAUGUGAAAUUGUGAGAAUUAUGAUAAUGCCCUUUUAGUGUAAGAGCUGUUUUAAAAGACCGCCUGCAAUGUCAGCCUGUUUUGGUGGGAUAGAGUUUUGGCCCGCCUGGUAACAUAUCCAGGCAGUAAAUUAUUAAUAAACCAAUAAGAAAUAGGGUUCAAAACAUCUCUGCCAAAUACCAGCUAGUUUUCAGUGUUCCCCUUCCCACUCAGACCACUCCCAGGCAGUUUAUCUUGCUUGGGAAAUUGCUAAGAAGCUAUUUUUGUUUCUUUGUGUUCAAUUAAAAUGGUCAAAAUCACAGUAAGGUACUUUUAAUUGUUACCCAUCAAUUAUUUGAUAUUGAGAUAAAAAUGGCUGCACUGGACCUUUUUAAAAUGUUAUGAGCCAGUGGUGAAGGAGAGCUAUAAGGGCUUUCCCUCCAAAUUUGCAUGCAGGACUUCCAGAAUGCGAGAGAAAGAAGGGUUAUACCUCAAACUAUAAUGUGACGAUGUGGCUCAGGCCUUACCUGUGUUACCCAGUCCUGGACAGAGGAGGGUCAAGAAUUGUGAAUGAAUGUAAUGCGAAGAGUGCCAUUUUCAAAAAAAUGCUACACUACAUCUUUGAGAUCGAUGAAGAUCUUUUAAGAUCUGUAAAAGGCUGUUCGCUCUUUCAAAAUGUCUGUGAGAAGGGCGCUAUGUGAGUGGGUAUUUCAGUUGUAUUGUAGAUUUGUCACUUUCUUUCUGGUUAAAAUAGUAAUUACUUUUCUGGAGCACAAUAAAUUAUUUUAAUAAGCUGAAUUAGCAGUGCUGCAACUCUUUAUUUACCCGUUAUGUUUGGUCAAUAGUCUGAUUUGAUUGUAGAGUAGACACUCACAGUUAAAGAAUGCUUGACAGAACUGAACUUCAAGCAACCAUGUGGUCAGUCACUUGUCAGGUGGUCUGUCACACACUGUUGGUUUCCUUUGCUAGGGCUACAGUAUAUAGGACUUCGUGUUGAUGUGUCCUAGACUUAAAACAGAAUCUCAGAAAUUUGACACGCAGGUUUUGACCGGUUCAGUUGUUGUUGUUAAGUGACAGAGAUGAAAGAUAAGUAAUUUAAUGGAUUUUUACUGCUGUGCUUUCUGUGGUCUGUUGGGGCUGUGUCAUGGAGGUGUCAAUGCUAUAUUUUCCUCUUGUCUGUAAAAAUCACAAGCAUAUUUGGCAUUCCCUUUCAUGCUAAUCAGAAAUGAAUCUAGACUCGUCCACUUUGGAAAUGGUGACAUUUUACUUGUUGGCAACGAUUAAAAACCAAUUAUUUCCCCACCUGACUUCGACAUUUGAGAGCAGGCGAGAGAUUCUGCCUUGAGACUGAGGGGAAUAAACACAGAGCUGUUUACCGUGUGCGGUUUUAACCAAGGGCACAGAUGCUCCUGCCAAAGAGCAGCUCAAAUCCUGUUUGAUAAGGGUUCGCCAUUUCCCAUUAUGGAGUAUUUCACAACAUCAAACACUUUUGCCUCUGAUAACCAGUCUUUCAUUUACAUGCACUGUUCGAUCUAUCUCAUUCAUCCCAGGGCCAUUUCUUGCAAGCCUUUUAUAACAUUAGAUAAUUGCUAUGUACUUAAGCAAUGUUUUAUAAAACUGUUGCGUAACUUUGUUCUACCUAUAGUGCAGCAGCAUAUUUUGUGAAAUAGGUUGAUUAUCCUGUCAAAAGUGCAAUGCAAUAUGCUCUGAGAGUCGGGAAAACCAUACCGAAGAGUUGACCUAUACUAAUCCUUAUGUAUGUUUCAGAUUUGAAUGACUGUGGGUAGGUAACUAGCAUCACAUUUAUGUUUGAAUUGUUGGCUACAAAUGGAUGUUCAACAGCAAAUCAUCUACACUUCGAUCAUGUCACCCCCCAUUUUGGAGUACAUGGGAGUCACUACAAAUAAACAUACACUUCUAUGUGACCCUGUGUAACUGACUCUGCCAAUAGACAAUGUACUUUGCAUUAUUUGUGGUUUGUUUUCUUUGGAACCUUCAAAAUAAAGUUAACAGCCUCCUCCAACCCAAACCAUUUUAUCUGUAAUGGUAAGGCUUCUGUUUGCCUUCAGUGACUUAAGUUUGUGUGUGGACAUCCAUGGCUUUCAUGAGCAUUUUCAAUAUCAUUAAUAAAUAUUAUCUUAUUUUUUAACUUGCUCA